AUGAACCCGUCCAAUGCCAACAAUCGACUUUCGGUUGGACUGGAAGGCUACCUGAAUGGGGAUCCCAUAGCUCGUCUUCCGAGCGAUCGUCCUCAAAAUGAUGCCCCAUCCCCUCCCGCAUCAUCCAUUCUGGACAUACCUCGGUCGACAACUACUACUCCUCCAGGCCUAAUCCUUCCGUAUGGCCUCAAUCUUCUCCAACAACUGAAUCAACCUCCCCUGCUGCCAUUAUCUCCAUCAAAAAUGCAUCAUCAUCCCUACCAGCAGUACUCUCAUUCACUAAAUCAUAAUAAAAAUACUUUAAUUAAUGCUGCCAAAAACACGACCACGGUACCAGCAUCAACUACUGCAAAUUCUACUUUUGUCCGUACUACCGGCUGUAAUGAAUACAAUCAUGAUGCUGUGAAGGAGUUGCAAUUGGACGGGUUUCAUGAGCAGCUGCUGAUUUCCUAUGCUCAGUCGCUUAUUUGGGAGGCAGGCGCGUGGCGGGAAUCAACCUUUCAAGCGGAACAGCCGCCCAUCAGCUUGGCUCGCAGCAAACACGGGUGA